ACUUGACCUCCGCUUUUAUUACUUUUCUCAAAUAUGUAAUAUACAGGUUCUUAAUACAUGCAACCUACAGAACUGGAAAUAAGUGUAGGCAACCAGUUUCACUUCUCAGUGAAAACACUUCUAUUCUUUGUUUUCCGCAGUGUCAAAACAAAUAAUCUAGCGUUGAUUUAAUUAUCAGCAGCUAUGGCGGGUACUUCGUCGGAUUCACAAAGAACAAUCGGUCAGAAGACUUGGGAGCUUCAGAAUAAGAUAGAAACAAUCAAUUCUGUUGAUGAGAUCUACAGAUAUGACAAACAACAGCAGCAGGAUAUUUUGAAAGCAAAACCAUGGGAUAAAGAUCCAAAUUUCUUUAAAGACAUCAAAAUAUCAGCACUGGCAUUGCUAAAAAUGGUGAUGCAUGCCAGAUCAGGUGGAACCUUAGAAGUAAUGGGACUACUUUUAGGAAAAGUUGAUGGAAACACCAUGUUUGUUAUGGAUUCAUUUGCUCUGCCUGUAGAAGGUACUGAAACCAGAGUAAAUGCUCAAGCCCAAGCAUAUGAAUACAUGAGUUCAUAUAUUACUUCUGCAAAAUUGGUUGGCCGUGAAGAAAACGCAAUUGGAUGGUACCACAGCCAUCCAGGCUAUGGUUGUUGGCUAUCCGGCAUCGAUGUCUCCACGCAAAUGACGAAUCAAAGCUAUCAGGAGCCAUUCGUCGCUAUUGUCAUCGACCCAGUGCGCACAAUCUCAUCCGGAAAAGUUUGCCUCGGCGCGUUCAGGACCUACCCCAAAGGCUACAAGUCCCAGAACGACGAACCAUCCGAAUAUCAAACGAUCCCACUGAAUAAAAUCGAAGAUUUCGGCGUGCAUUGCAAACAAUACUACUCUCUAGAAGUAACCUACUUCAAAUCCGCCUUGGAUCGGCGUCUAUUAGAUUCCCUAUGGAAUAAAUACUGGGUGAACACUCUAAGUUCAUCCAGUUUAUUAACCAACGCGGAUUACACCACCGGACAAAUCUAUGACUUGUCUGAAAAGUUGGAACAAUCAGAAGCUGCGCUCGGACGCGGUGGUUUCAUGGUCGGCGGGCCUGAUCCACACGAAAAACGAUCAGAAGAUAAACUUCUCAAGGCGACAAAAGACAGCUGCAAGACUACGAUUGAGAUAAUUCAUGGUCUAAUGGCGCAGAUGAUCAAAGAUCGCCUGUUUAAUGGAAACUGUAACAAUGCGAUUACUAACUGAAUUUUCUAAGUUUUCUUAAAUUUAAAUUACAUUUUCUGAUUGAUUGGAUAAA